AUGCAUGUUCCAUGGACAAUCGCUCUCCUCAUGCUGAGCAGCCAGUUAGUCGUCGCCAGCAGUAGCAAUGACAACUCCUGCGGUAGCUGUAACGCGGGGUAUACCUGUCAGGCCGGUACAUGCGUGCUGGACACCGCCCGAUUGACAGCCAAUCCUCUGCCGAAUAUCACCUCCGACAACCCUGGCGGUCCAAUCAAGACAACCGGAAUCUCUGCUAGUACGGAGAGUACUAGCACGGUCGAAGCAAAGACGACCACUACUACAACGGCCGGCGAGACAUCGAACACUGGUGAAGUCAAAUCUACGUCCCAGGCCGAGUCGCACUCAUCCUCUCCGUCUCUGACCUCGCAGGUGAUGUCCGCCUCUUCGUCCUCUUCGGCUGCGGCUGCGGCAUCGACGAGUUCUGGGGCGGCUACUUCGCUAUCGAUGGAUCUGGGUUCUUUGGUUACGUGGGGAUUUGCCUGGGUUAUCGGGCUCCCGCUAGUGGUCUGA